CGGGUCUGUGCAGCCGCCUCCGCCACCGCGGCCGCUGCGGUCGCCGCAUGCAAGGGCUUCUGGGAGCCGAACCUCGGGGUCUCGGGGAAGGGGCGCGGGUGGCCGCCAUCUUAAGUUGCAAACCUAGUCGCUACGCUCAACGCUAGGGGCGGAGUGGCGACCCCACUGUCACCCGCAGCAGACGCCGCAGCGGGGGGCUGGAGGUCAGGGAACCGGAUAGUGCAACUUUAAUGGGGAUGGCAGAUAAAUGGCAGCCUCCUCUCUGAUCAAUUUUUUUCAUAAGUGCUAGUUGAUCACAACAUUCUCUCUUGUUGGACAUGGAUGCCAUGGCUAGUCCAGGGAAAGAUAACUAUAGGAUGAAAAGUUAUAAGAAUAAAGCCCUAAAUCCCCAAGAGAUGCGUAGACGAAGAGAAGAAGAAGGAAUACAGCUUCGAAAACAAAAAAGGGAAGAACAGCUGUUCAAACGCAGAAAUGUCUCUUUGCCCAGAAAUGAUGAAUCUAUGCUAGAAAGUCCUAUCCAGGAUCCAGAUAUAAGUUCCACUGUACCUAUUCCAGAGGAAGAAAUUAUUACCACAGAUAUGGUUCAGAUGAUUUUUUCUAAUAAUGCUGACCAACAACUAACAGCAACACAGAAAUUUAGAAAACUGCUUUCUAAAGAACCUAAUCCACCAAUUGAUCAAGUUAUACAGAAGCCAGGAGUUGUACAGAGAUUUGUGAAAUUUCUUGAAAGAAAUGAAAAUUGUACUUUACAAUUUGAAGCUGCAUGGGCAUUAACUAAUAUAGCAUCUGGAACUUUUCUGCAUACCAAGGUAGUGAUUGAAACUGGGGCUGUUCCAAUUUUUAUCAAACUUCUUAAUUCAGAGCAUGAAGAUGUACAAGAACAGGCUGUUUGGGCACUUGGUAAUAUUGCUGGUGACAAUGCAGAAUGCAGAGAUUUUGUUUUGAAUUGUGAAAUACUUCCACCUCUUUUAGAGUUAUUAACAAAUUCAAACAGACUUACAACAACCAGAAAUGCUGUAUGGGCCCUCUCAAAUUUAUGUAGAGGCAAAAACCCUCCUCCAAACUUUAGUAAGGUUUCACCUUGCUUAAAUGUCCUGUCACGAUUGUUAUUUAGCAGUGACCCAGAUGUACUAGCAGAUGUGUGUUGGGCCCUUUCUUAUCUCUCCGAUGGACCCAAUGAUAAAAUUCAAGCAGUCAUUGAUUCUGGAGUCUGUCGAAGAUUGGUGGAACUUUUGAUGCACAAUGAUUAUAAAGUUGUAUCACCUGCAUUAAGAGCAGUUGGUAAUAUUGUGACUGGUGAUGAUAUUCAAACACAGGUAAUUUUGAAUUGCUCUGCAUUACCCUGUCUCUUACACUUAUUGAGUAGCCCAAAGGAGUCAAUCAGAAAAGAAGCCUGCUGGACUGUUUCCAAUAUUACUGCUGGAAAUAGAGCUCAGAUUCAGUCUGUUAUAGAUGCAAAUAUUUUUCCUGUUUUGAUUGAGAUUCUUCAGAAAGCAGAGUUUCGCACCAGAAAAGAAGCAGCUUGGGCUAUAACUAAUGCAACAUCAGGAGGCACUCCAGAACAAAUAAGGUAUUUGGUAGCCUUAGGCUGCAUUAAACCACUUUGUGACCUGUUGACAGUUAUGGACUCUAAAAUAGUCCAAGUGGCUUUAAAUGGACUUGAAAAUAUUUUACGUCUUGGAGAACAAGAAUCUAAGCAGAAUGGGAUAGUCAUUAAUCCAUACUGUGCUCUCAUUGAAGAAGCAUAUGGUCUGGAUAAAAUCGAAUUUCUGCAAAGCCAUGAAAAUCAAGAAAUUUACCAAAAGGCUUUUGAUCUGAUUGAACAUUACUUUGGUGUAGAAGACGAUGACCCCAGCAUUGUGCCUCAGGUGGAUGAAAACCAACAACAGUUUGUAUUUCAGCAGCAGGAAGCACCCAUGGAAGGGUUUCAACUUUAACUUGAUGGGGGCGAAAAUUAAUGGCUAAAAAGGGUAAUUUCAGAUAUCUUUUCUUUGUUACAGUGGCAGUAGGAACGUUUGAUGUGUUUUUAUGUAGAACAGAAAAAGAAUUUGAUGCACUUUUAAAAAGCAAAACGAAACAAAGGUUUCCAUUCAGAUAUAAUCUUUUGGUAUAGUUUUGUUUUUACUUUGGUAUGCCUGUGUUUGUCUUAUUGUUUUAUCUAUUUUCAUCUAUUCGUGAACCAUUAUGAAAUUAUUUAAUAACAAGCUUGAAAAGGAAAACUUUGGUAAAGUAUUACAUAUGGUUCUGAAUUUUUUUCUAGCAUUCUUGAAAACUGCAUAUUAGCAGUACAGAUAUUUAUAAUUGCAUUUCGGCGGUAAGUCUGACAGGCCCAGUCUCUACUAAAUCUACCUCUAUCUUGAAGCAAAAACAAAACAAAAAAACUUUGGAAGCAUGAAAUAGUGUAUAAGCUAAAUUAGAAUGUGAAAAUAUCUAGUACCUUAAAUUAUAGAUCACUGUGCUGUAGGUUAUACUUUGCAAAAAAAAAAAAAAAA